GCCUUCAUCUGUAUGGAGAGGAGCCCAUAGACCCCCAGGACACACACACCGACCCGAAUCGCCCGACAACAUGCCCAAAACUAUCAGCGUACGUGUGACCACGAUGGAUGCAGAGCUGGAGUUUGCCAUCCAGCCGAACACCACCGGCAAACAGCUCUUUGACCAGGUGGUGAAAACCAUCGGCCUCCGAGAAGUCUGGUUUUUCGGGUUGCAGUACCAGGACACGAAGGGGUUCUCCACGUGGCUGAAGCUCAACAAAAAGGUGACCGCUCAGGACGUGCGGAAGGACAGCCCGUUGCUGUUCAAGUUCCGCGGCAAGUUCUACCCGGAAGACGUCUCCGAGGAGCUGAUCCAGGACAUCACCCAGAGGCUCUUCUUCCUGCAGGUGAAGGAAGGCAUCCUGAACGACGACAUCUACUGCCCUCCGGAGACCGCCGUCCUCCUGGCCUCCUACGCCGUGCAGGCAAAGUACGGCGAUUAUAACAAGGACGCGCAGAAGCAGGGCUACCUGUCGCAGGACAAGCUCCUCCCUCAGAGAGUUCUGGAGCAGCACAAGCUCAGCAAGGACCAAUGGGAGGACAGAAUCCACAUCUGGCAUGAGGAGCACAGGGGCAUGUUAAGGGAGGACGCAAUUCUAGAAUACCUGAAGAUCGCCCAGGACCUGGAGAUGUACGGAGUCAACUACUUCAGCAUCAAGAACAAGAAGGGCUCGGAACUUUGGCUCGGAGUGGACGCCUUGGGGCUGAAUAUUUAUGAGCAGAAUGACAGAUUGACGCCCAAGAUUGGAUUCCCAUGGAGCGAAAUAAGAAACAUUUCAUUCAACGACAAGAAAUUUGUGAUCAAACCCAUUGACAAGAAGGCACCGGACUUUGUGUUCUACGCUCCCCGAUUACGCAUCAACAAGAGAAUCCUGGCGCUGUGCAUGGGCAACCAUGAGCUGUACAUGCGCCGCAGGAAGCCGGACACCAUUGAAGUGCAGCAGAUGAAGGCUCAGGCCAGGGAAGAGAAGCACCAGAAACAGAUGGAGAGAGCUCUGCUGGAAAAUGAGAAGAAGAAGAGAGAACUCGCUGAGAAAGAGAAGGAGAAGAUUGAGCAUGAGAAGGAGGAGCUGAUGGAGAGGCUACGACAGAUCGAGGAGCAGACCAGGAAAGCCCAGGAAGAGUUGGAGGAGCAGACCCGAAAAGCCCUGGAGUUAGAGGAGGAAAGGAAAAGAGCACAGGAGGAGGCUGAAAGACUCGCAAGAGAACGGCAGGCAGCCGAGGAAGCCAAAGAUGCCCUUCUGAAACAGUCCCAAAACCAGCAGAAGAAUCAAGAGCAGCUGGCCAUGGAACUGUCUGAGCUGACGAGCACCAUCUCUCAGCUGGAACUGGCCAGACAGAAGAAAGAGUAUGAAGCCGAUGAAUGGCAACAGAAGGCCCAGAACGUGCAGCUUGACCUGGAGAAGACCAAAGAAGAGCUCAAAAUGGUGAUGACCACUACUCACGUCCAGGAGCCGGUACACGCUGAGAACGAACAGGACGACGACCAGGACGAGAACGGAGCGGAGGCCAGCGCGGACCUGAAGGCGGAAGCCAUGAUCAAGGACAGGAGCGAGGAGGAUCGUACCACGGAGGCCGAGAAAAACGAAAGGGUCCAGAAACACCUGCAGCUCUUGAGCUCCGAACUAGCCAACGCCAGAGACGACACCAAGAAGACCGCCAACGACUUACUGCAUGCCGAAAACGUGCGCGCCGGCAGGGACAAGUACAAGACGCUCCGCCAGAUCCGCCAGGGCAACACCAAGCAGCGCAUAGACGAGUUUGAAGCACUGUAACAAAGCGUGCCCCCGUACAUUGUUACAAUGUCGCCUCCUUCCUUUUCCAUGGCUCAGCUGGAACUUCUGCACCACUAUGAGUCCGAGUAUGAUGCAGUACAAUCGAUUUUUAGGUCUGUAGCCUGGCCAAUGUUCUUUUUAAAGCGACCAGUCCCAUCCAUGUCCCGUUUCCUGGUCCGAGGACAUUAAACCGGCAGCUACAGAAAA